AUGUCCUCGCCGCGGCUGCCAUUCCUAUGGCCGAUGCUGUUCAGGCCGCUAAAGCCACCGCGAAAGCAAGUCCGCGUCUCGCAUCGCCGAGCUCCAUCCUCCAGAUGCUUUGCGACAACGCCUCUCCGUUCCGAAGAAUCAAGACCGCAGCGCUAUGGCACCGCGCAAGAGCCAGCUGCCCAUCUGCAGGAUAGCAAGGCACAGGGAGAAAGUAGUGAGCAAGAGAAGAGAACACCAGGGUCCAUACAAGAGGGAGACGAGGACGCACCAUCGCAGUUUACAACACCCACCUCACAAUCAAAGACGGCCGACACCGCCGAACCCGUCCCGCCACCAGAUCCCCCCAAAACGCCCGACCCGAAGCCCCUAGAUACGGUCCUACACAUGCCUUCGCCCCAGGAAGAAGAGAGCCGGAAACCGCCGCACCUCAAGACCCCGCCUUACGUCCACCACUUCGACACUUACAGCCUGGUAAAGGACCUGACAAAAUCCGGUUUCACGCAGGACCAGUCCAUUACCGUCAUGAAAGCGGUGCGCAGCAUCCUCACAGACAACAUGGAGGUCGCCCGGGAAGGGCUCGUUAGCAAGUCAAACGUGGAGAACGAGACGUACCUGUUUCGGGCUGCGUGCAGCGAGCUCAGGACCGAGGUGGGAAAUGCGAGGAAGGGUGAGAUGGAGAGGAUGCGCACAGAGAGGAACCAGUUGCAGCAUGAGGUGGAUAUUUUGGGCCAGCGGAUGAGCCAGGAGACCGGGCACUUGAAGGACGAGCUGAAGGGACUGUUUGACGACCGGAAGAUGGCUGUGCGGCAGGAGCAGCGCACUAUGGAAUCCAAGAUCCAAGAGCUCAACUACAAGAUCACCAUUGCGCUCAACUCGGACGCCCGCAGCGAGAUCGAAGGACUGCGAUGGAUCCUUACACGGCGAGCUGCUAUAACAGUGGGCGUGACUGCGUUCAUGCUGUUCGUUGCGCUGCGCUACUCAAGCUAUGUAAGCCAUCAGCAAAAGGAGCAGGAAAAGGCGUACAAGAAGAAGCCCCCACCCGACGAAGAGCAAAACCCUCCCUCAACCGGCAAACCCGCCCUGGGUAAAGAUGAGCCAAUUGGCGGCGAACUGUUGACCACCGAAGGCGGAGUCUCGCUAGCAUAA